AUGAAGCGUACAGUUGUCAAGUUAGUUACACUUCCCCACAUAGAAAGGUGUCCAAGCAAACAGCUGUGUGUCGGGGAUAGUACCCGAGGUUUAGAGGAUUUUGAAGUGAACAGGAUUACACAAUUAAAUUGUUACAGGGAUAUGUACAGUUUUUGAUGUCCAGACAGGAUUUACACUGCUGAGUGCCAGCCGUGCCGACGGGCACUUGUUCCAGACCAUGUGUUUACGGUUGAUGUGACAAAACUUGAUGGAUAAGUGAAUACGCUGCGUUGUACAUUAGUCGUGCAUAGUCAGGUGUGCAUCAUAAUGGGAACCCUACUAAUGCAGACAGAGCUGGGAACCUUGGAGACCGGACUCAAGGAUCUCAAAAAGUCACGGUUGAUGGGUGUCCAGGAGUUCAAGGACAUGUACGGGGCCAUAGAGGAGCAUCAUAGGGACCUAAAACUCGCCCACUUGACUGGGAAAGCUCGUGACCUCCUGGAAAAAGCUGCUAGAGACACUAAGUUUUUCCAUGUCCUGGUCAAAAUGAUGUCAGAAGUGAAACAGUUACGCACAGCAAAACAGAGGGAAUCUCUACAGAAAGUCCAUUCCUGGUUCAUGGCAAAUAGGCAUACCCUAUCAUCCAGACCUCGCUUUGGUAAGUCCUUCCAGAUGAAGGAAGCUGAAGAUUUCAAACAGAAAAUCAUGAAAACUCCACGAAGUGCUCGACAGUCUUCAAAGGACAACAAAGACAAAGCGAAGCAGACUAAAGUCACACGACUGUCAUCCGCUGACGGGAUGCAUCAGUUUUUUAGAACUGAAACCCCUUCUUCUAGGGCAGGAGGGUCCUCUAUGCGGGGUCCUGUCAUACACGACCUCCCGUCUAACAAAGACUACGUCAGUGAAUACCUCUCCGCAAGCUUUUUCAAUGGAAGUACUGAUUUUACUCAACAAUUUGUGACAGACAUGCCCCCAGCGACAAAAGUGGUGGUCAACCAGCUACCUCUGGACGCUAUGGACGACAUUCAUGUCCUAAGUCCCACACUACUGGACAGACCGGAGUCUGAGUUGCAACGUCUGGCGUCCCCACAUGACCUUGACAUUGCCGGUGAUACGCCACGCCGUGAGUUAGAUGAUGCCUCAAACAUCAGUCUCCAUUACAUUGAGAGUCUGAUCAGUGAGAGUCACCGUGGUGUCAAAGACCAGGAUGAAGAGGCUGUGAACAGGGAUGCUGACGACAUGGAGUAUCCGGAGACAAGGCGGAAAUUGUCUCGUGCCCAGACUCCCUCUGCCAGUAUCCGGCCAACCAUCACUGACCGGUCAUCCAAUGUGUCCAAUGCUGCAUUCCUGCCCAAGAAGAUGAUACACCCGAUUGCAAGCCUGGUGAAUCCCCAUGCUCAGCUGGCCGCACAGGAAGCAGAGCAAGCAGAACAAGAAUAUGUUGCUGCCCGGGAAAACAUGGCGUCGUCAAUGAGGGUGCUGUCUGGGAGCAAGUCUCGACAGCAGCAGCAUGUUGAAGGUCAUCAACACAGUAACGGUUUACCGAUAUUUAGGCCGACAACGGGGAGUCCAAAGAUUGAGAACUGGAAAUCCUUCAACAAAGACUGGACAUAUGGGCAGGACAUAUUAAGAAAUAACAUAAGCCCAAGUACUAGGGCUUAUCCUAAAGGUAAGCUGAACUUUGUGGGACGUAGUGGUACUGCCGUGGAUGUUCGUUACGCAGCCCAUGAUCAGGGUGAGGCUCCCGAAGUGGAGACCCAACAAGUACUGGCUUUCUACACCUCACAGAACCAAGACAGCAAGCAGCCUGAAGUAUUAGGUCCCCUGCCAGUGGAGGCCAACCCUGCUAAAACGAUCACCAGUCAGGAAUUGGAGGAGUUUUACCAGUUUACAGAAGGCCAUUACCCGUCAAAGCUACCGAAGUACCGCCCCUACUCCUCUCCCAAUAAGUCCUCUACCAAACCAGAGGUCAAGGACAAAAAGACGGAGCACAAAACACAAAAAGUUCAGCCACUGGGCAGGAAACUUCUUAACAAUAAAGAGAAUAAGGAGAAACAGCCUGAAGAAAAGGAACUAGAGAUUGUUGGUACGGGUCAUUUGGUACGACUAGACCAGGUGGUCACUAUGAUCGAUGAUGUCACAGAGGAUAUGGCACAUUACAAAGAAAAGCUGGCCCCGACCCCUCAGCCCGGGUUCCGUCAGCCAUCCAGUAUGGGCGUUCCCAUGAGGCCAUUGUCCCGCCCAAGUACAGCCACCGGGGUCAGGUCUACCAGCCCUGUCUAUCCCCAGGGGAUGAGGUCUGCCUCCCCGACUUACCAUGUCCACCAUGCCAUGCGGUCAACUAGUCCAGUACAGCGAUCAAAUACCCCAACUCAGCCGGUAACAUCUGCCGAUGUUGUUGUGUCACGACCUUUCUUCCUGACCUCUAACCCCUUCACAAGUCGUGAUAUACUCAUACCUUCCCCUGAUGCACCUGAACAUUUCACCCCCCGAAGGUCUGUGCCUACACCAACUAACACAGUGAUUCAGGCCAUAGACUGGAGGGGCAAAAUAACGCCGGACUCAAUGCGAUACAAAUGGCAGGCCACAAGGUUUGGUGGUCACACUUAUGUGAAGAACUUGGCCAAGUCAAAACGCCCUGUAGGGGCCACUCAUGCAGGCAAGCGGCCCCGUACUGCACCUGUUACAGCACGGGAACGCUGGAAAACAGAAAAGCCCAGUGACAAGAACACAAGGAUUAGGUCACAGGCGGCGACCAACAGUAUGAUGCAGGUCGACCAGGAGGCUGUCGACUCCAUGAUGGUCGUACAACACAUCCUGGGGAGCAGUGAUUCUAGAAUGGGUUCCUACAGCGACUUGUUUCUAGAUGAGGAGUUCCUGAGAUCGUUUAAUCUGAAGCAUUCCUCGAGUGCCACAACAAUGGCUAACACCCCUGUUCCCAUGGAAUACCUCUCAAUAGUGUCUAAUGCUCCACGCUCCGUGAUCGGUAAAAAAAAUCAUAAAAAACGAGGGAAGUAUAGCAGAGCGCAAAGUCGCCAUUCCAGAUUUUCGGAACGACCAGAUAGCCAGUUUCAGGAUUUCCAAUUGUAUGAGGACGAACGUGAAGGGAACACAACAGAAAACUGCACACCUCGAGCGGACCCUGCGGAGAAAGCGGAGGGGGCUGAGAUAGUAGAAGGGGCAGAGCCAUUGGAAGGCGAGGCACCAGUGGCAGGGGAAGAGCAUACAUCAGAGGCAGAACGCAUCAGUCUCCUUCUCCCUGCCAACAGCCAGGAUCCUCAGGCUACGGACGACUCCCUGCGGGUUGUGGAAGAUGUGACAACUCAGACAGAUGACUUAGAGGAGGAACUAAAAAAAGCGUUUGAGGAAUCUGAUGAUCAGGACCUUCGUGUCAACCUCCAACUUGACCGACCUAUUGGUGUGAUUACAGAGGAAAAAAGUGAUGUAGAUAUCUCCAGAGAAGCCACGCCUAUUGGCCCGUCUGUGCCACGCCCAGUAGAGCACCACAGUGAAGACCUACACGAUGGUGAGGUCCACAUAGAGGUUACUUCAAUUCCUCCGGGAGGUCGUGCACCGACACCCCCACAGCGACGUGACACUCCCCUUCAGGAACUCACCAAGUCUGAGGAGUGGCACUUCACUCCUGAUGUGGAGACAGAUCGUGAUUUCACAGAAAGGAGGAAAGUUAAUCCAUUCUACCAGGUCAAGGGGUCAAAUCUCCACUGGUCAAAAUUGACAAUAAAACCUGAAAACUAUUGUUUUGAGUGUAUCCCAGACAGCAUGUCUACUAAGAUUGGUCGUUCUGCCGGCAGGAUGCCCGGGCGAACACAGAGUGCUUCAUCACAAGUGUUACGGAUGGCUCGCAAACAAAAUGAGUAUUUUAAGAAGGCUCCUCCUGUGAGGACCCCACCCUCCAUACCUAGUCCUUAUCAUGUCCAGCGUGUGCUAAAGGAGUCUCCUCGGUAUGGACAGGCCUAUAACUCUGGACUGGAGCACCAUGCUCGGUCUAUACACAGUCCCCGACACUUUAUGGAACAUGUGGGUGACCUUCGUAAGGACAUCCGGUCAGCUCCAGCGGGCAGUCAGUUCGCCAAUAGUGACCCCUUAAGUGCCUCUCUACAGGUCAGUCGUCUUGAUGCGCCGUCUCGGGAGAACACAAUGCCGGAGAUGUACCUUGGGGAAAGUGGAAACCCGCCUAUGUCUAUACUACGGGAGCAAACUGUACCAGAGGACAAGUUGGUCGAGGGAAGGGAGGCCACUCUCCAAACUCAAGGGGAAGCAACUGAUGAAGCCUCCAAACAUGUAGAAUUCAAAAUGGAUAACGAAAAACCCACUGUAUCAAAGACAACGACCAAUCCAGGGUUUCUCUCCAAUCGUGAACGAUCCCUCACACAAACCUCCAUCGCUCACAUAGGCCGACCCAUCGCCCAGUACACUCACAUAGGAGAUCCUGAUGAAGAAGCAGCUGCAGCUCAACUUCAGAAAGAGGCCAAGGCAGCUGUUGAUAUACAGAGAAUAUGUCGUGGAUAUGUAGCAAGGAAUAGAUACAAGCUGCUAAUUAAAGAGGAUAGAGAGAAAAGGGAAGAUGAAAGGGGGACACAGAAUGCCAACAAUAAAAAAUACAAGGAACAUUUAAAUGCAAAGGCUGAGAUAUAUAAUCGCCCGCCUCGGACGACAGAGGAUAAGGAAUGGACAAACAAGGUGAAAAAGAUUAAGGAUGAAAAGGCAGGAAUACGUCAGAAGAAAAUGGAGGAGCUAGCAGAUCAAAACGCUAAAAAUUUCCACCAGGCGUCCUCAAAGCUCUCAGUCAUUGGACCACAUGUCAACAUAUAUGAAAUCUACCAUCCAAAGCAGGUGGGGCCGACCAAACAAGAGUUGUCCCACUGUGCCACUCACAUACAGAGACACAUCCGUGGCUUCCUGGUCAGGAAAAAGUUUGAAAAGUUAAAGAGAAAGGCUAAGUGGCACGGAACAACAUGGCAGAAGUUAGUUCGGGAUUACAAGGGCACACUGGCACGCUGCCAACGGAGACACGGUGUGGAGCGCGCCAGGACACCUUUUACUUUCAAGGACAUGAGUGACUACAUGGAUAUGAGAAGACGAUAUGAGAGCGUCUUUGAUAAGAAAGCCUACGGUGGAGAGCUAGAGGUUACAGACAUGGAUCAAUUUUUCCGCGAAUGUGAUCUUUAUCCCUCCAGGGCUGAAAUUGACGAGGGCAUUGAUGUUAUCCUACAGGGUCAAAUAAACAAAAGACGCGGGUUGAAGAAGUCUGAAAUGUUAGAGCUAGUCUUCUACAUUUACGUUCCCAAGGCAACGGGUCUGAAGAACACACGCCAGUCAACAUGGAUGAACCCCAUCAUCGACGGGGUGGAGGCUCGUAAACUUCUAGGGUUUUCAUCUUUGUCCAAAAAGGAGUUAUUAAAACUCUCAGGAAGUGAAUUUAUUGAACCAGCUCCCCUAGAUGUGUGUGCCAAGCUUGUAAUUGACUCCAAAAGGGAAAGAAGAGAACGAGAGCGCCAGGAGAUUAAUAAACAGGAACAAGCAAAAAUAGAAGCCAUCAAGGAAUCGGUGAGGGAGCGAAGAGUGAGGUUAAAAGCGCCCGACGAGAUGAGCGACACAGGUAGCACAACAACAGUAGACUGAACAGAAUAAAACGCUGAGCAGACUAAGAAUGCAGCACAGGGGUGUAUACCUCUGAAAAAGGAUUUUAAAUAAAGAACAAAUCCAAGUGUUAUAAGAUUUCCAUUACUUGGUAAUAAUUCGGAAUUUGAUAUGAUCGAAAAUUGGACUGAAAUUUAAAAGAAAUUGAGGAAAAAUGCAGCUGUGUGAUUUUUCUGGUGGCUUUUGACAAUAUGUAAAGAUUAACUGGAAUCUCACUGGAGAAAUUUGUCUACAGUACAGUGUUGGCAUAAACAUGUCACGCUUUGGCAGAAAUUAUGAGUGAGAGGUAAUGAUGAUGAAAAAUUUGUAUAUGCUUGUGUUUUUUGCUUUGAGUAAAUUAGCAUGAAAAUAUCCU